CCGCUGGGGCUCCCCCAGCUGGCUCCGACUUUACGAUUGGGUGGAAAAUGGCGCUGCGCGGAUGGAAAUCCUAAUGACAGUCUCCAAAAUCGCCUCCAUCUGUACCAUGGGCGCUAAUGCCUCAGCUUUGGAGAAAGAGAUUGGUCCAGAACAGUUUCCAGUCAAUGAACACUAUUUUGGCUUAGUAAAUUUUGGAAAUACAUGCUACUGCAAUUCAGUUCUUCAGGCACUUUAUUUCUGUCGUCCCUUUCGAGAGAAAGUCUUGGCGUACAAGAGUCAGCCUAGAAAAAAAGAGACCCUACUUACCUGCUUAGCUGAUCUCUUCCACAGCAUAGCCACUCAGAAGAAAAAAGUUGGAGUGAUACCUCCUAAAAAGUUCAUAACGAGAUUGCGAAAAGAGAAUGAGCUUUUUGACAACUACAUGCAGCAAGAUGCACAUGAGUUCUUGAACUAUCUGCUGAAUACAAUUGCUGAUAUUUUGCAAGAAGAGAGAAAGCAGGAGAAACAAAAUGGCCGUCUACCUAAUGGCAACAUUGACUGUGAAAACAAUAACUGCCCCCCAGACCCAACGUGGGUUCAUGAAAUCUUUCAGGGAACAUUAACAAAUGAAACAAGAUGUCUCACUUGUGAAACAAUAAGCAGCAAAGAUGAAGAUUUUUUAGAUCUCUCUGUUGAUGUGGAGCAAAAUACUUCAAUUACUCACUGUUUAAGGGGUUUCAGCAACACAGAAACCCUGUGCAGUGAAUAUAAAUAUUAUUGUGAAGAAUGUCGCAGUAAACAAGAAGCACAUAAAAGAAUGAAAGUGAAAAAACUACCGAUGAUUCUAGCUCUCCAUCUGAAGAGAUUUAAAUACAUGGAUCAGCUACAUCGAUACACAAAACUGUCUUAUAGGGUAGUAUUUCCCUUAGAGCUUCGACUAUUUAAUACAUCGGGCGACGCCACUAAUCCUGACAGAAUGUAUGAUCUUGUGGCUGUAGUAGUUCACUGUGGAAGUGGACCUAACAGAGGACACUACAUUGCAAUAGUGAAGAGUCAUGACUUCUGGUUGCUCUUUGACGAUGAUAUAGUAGAGAAAAUAGAUGCACAAGCUAUUGAAGAAUUCUACGGGUUGACAACGGACUCCUCCAAAAACUCUGAGUCUGGUUAUAUCCUCUUCUAUCAGUCUCGGGACUGAAUGGGAUCUGUAGUGAAGAGGGACUUCCUGCCUGGCUUCUUUUCUGGCUGUCGUGGAAAG